GUGAACUGACCGCGUUUCUUGGGUUUGCAAACCACGCGAUGGCUGGACUUCACCUCAAAUGGCCCCUCUGAGAGGUGGUAGGUGUUGAUUGUGCAGUUGUCCAAUGAGCAGAUCCAUUCAAGCAACAUUCCUACAGGCAAGUGAUGCUCUUUGACGAGGCGGAGUGGUGUCCUUUGACGUAAGAUCACCGCCAUCACUACCACCCCAAGUUUUCUAGGACAUUGUCGAGCAGAAUUAAGCGAUUGUCGAAGCUCACUUCACUGUCGCAACAAUGGCGACCGACCGCUCAUUGUCAACCCACGGAAUAUAUUUCCUUCGCCGGAUCCGGGAACCCGAAAGAAACAUGAACUCCAGAUUGCUCCACCCACGCACCCACCUUGAACAGCAUCACCCCCAUCACCACCAUGGACGGCCUCUCAUACCAGCUACUCUCCAAAGCCUACCAAGGUAUCAAAUAUCAACGAUCAAUCUCCAGCUCGCUGCGCGCCGCUGGCUACACCCCUGGCCCAGCAAUGCAACAAGCCGCGCAUUCUGCAUUACUGGAACGCGUGAGCAGUGCGGAGUACAGCCGGGCACUCGCAAGAAACACCGCCCUCAGUCGCAUUCUCGCGACUUCGACCGCCAGCGCCGCCGCCGCCACCCCCAUCACCACCACAGCAGCCCAUCUCAGCGGCGGAGAUGCGGCGUCCAGUCCACUCGCCGCCAUCAGCGCGGUGCUCCUCUUCCUCCUGCUGAAGAUCGCCCUUCCGAUCUUCACAUGCUGGUUCCUCUACAACGUCGUUCACUGGCGGGACUGGUUUCACGAAAUCCUCGAUCAGAUGCGAAUACCGGAAGGUUGGACGGUGACGGACUUCAUUCUGGGGUCAAUCCUGCGCGUGUUUGAUCAGAUUGUCUGGACGGCGCAGGUGAUUGUCUUCAUCAUAUGCUGGUUCAUUCCCGAUGUCAGAAACUGGCAAGACUGGUUCGACGUCAUCCUCGACCACAUGCAUCUGCCGGCAGAUGCAAGCCCGCUCGACCUUGCCCUGGAGGCAAUCAAGAGCGUGGUUGUCGAGAUGCUGCGGACCGUGCGCAUGUUUGUCUGGAUCCUCUGGCAGAUGUUCUCUUUGCUCGUGCUGGCGCCUCUGACGAUUGUCACCAAUCUUAUGAGUGUAGCCAGGUCGUGCAUGACGACAACACUUCAGCAAAGUGCCACGCGCUUUCAGACCCUCCCGGAAGUCGAACAGCUGCUCUUCCACUACCGUGGCGCAGUCAACUGGCUCGGCAGAAACAAGUGGCGCAUCUUCUUCCUCUGCUGGACUGUAUGGUUCCUCUCGCUCCUCAUUCGAAAGGCGAAUGAGCCGCGCUCUGUCGUCGUGUCCUGGCAAGAAUACCAGAAGUAUCAUGAGAAGCCCCUGCCCGCCAUGUUGCUUCGAGCGCGGAAAGAAUCGGGCAGCAAUUCGCACUUUGAGGGCGAAGAUGAUGAGGUCUUUGGGUUGGCGGUUGUGGACAUUCCCGUCACGCAGGCGAGCCUGGAUUUGCCGGUGGUGGACAUGAACGUGGCAGAAGGGACAUUCAGUAUCGGCGAAUCAUGGAGGUAUGAGCCUGCGAGGAAGGAGAAGGUGGUGAGGUAUGUUGGAGAGCAGAACGUGUGGUGUAGUCACUGUCGGCAGUGGCACUGUUGUGAGCUGCCGUAUUAGCUGGGAAGAAUGAGAUGUCGGAUUCAUUCCUCGUCAUCAACACAGAUUAUUCCCAUACAAGGCUGCCGGGAACAAAGCAAUGUCAUUGACGUCA